GGUGGGAACUGUGCCGCUGCAGCCCCUGCUGGGACGAUGGGACGGCAACAGGAAGUCAACGUCACUGACACGGGGAUGGGACUGGAGCAAGAAAACAGCAUCAUGAGGAGAAAAAUGUCAAAUCCUGUCUUAUAAGCAGGGGAAGGCGGAGAAAAAUUCCACAUUUUCACCUGUGGAAAAAGGAUGUGUUGUGUACGAACUGGGAUUGAGGCACCGGGAAGGGGAACGGUGAGUUGCUAAAUGGAGUCGGAGCAGUUGUACCAAAGAGGAUACUGCAGAAACAGCUACAACAGCAUUGCCAGUGCCAGCAGCGACGAAGAGUUGUUGGAUGGAGCUGGUGUUAUCAUGGACUUCCACACCACAGAGGAUGACAAUCUUUUAGAUGGAGACGCUACUUCCCCAGGAUCUAAUUACGCCAUGUCUAAUGGGGGCGGAGCCGCCAGUAGCUCCACUCACCUGUUGGACUUCCUGGAGGAGCCUAUCCCUGGCGUGGGAACCUACGACGACUUCCACACCAUUGACUGGGUCAGAGAGAAGUGCAAAGAUCGUGAGAGACAUCGAAAGAUCAACAGCAAGAAAAAAGAGUCUGCAUGGGAGUUCACAAAGAGCCUGUACGACGCCUGGUCCGGCUGGCUGGUCGUAACGCUCACUGGUUUAGCAUCAGGUGCUUUGGCUGGCCUGAUUGACAUUGCUGCUGAUUGGAUGAAUGACCUGAAGGAAGGCGUGUGUCUGAGCGCCAUGUGGUUCAACCAUGAGCAGUGCUGCUGGACGUCCAAUGAGACCACCUUUGCUGAGAGGGACAAGUGUCCUCAGUGGAAGAGCUGGGCUGAGCUCAUACUGGGACAGGCUGAGGGUCCUGGCUCAUACAUCAUGAACUACUUCAUGUACAUAUACUGGGCUCUUUCCUUCGCCUUCCUGGCUGUCUGCCUGGUCAAAGUAUUUGCACCCUACGCGUGCGGCUCAGGGAUCCCUGAGAUCAAGACAAUCCUGAGUGGGUUUAUCAUCCGGGGUUACCUGGGGAAGUGGACGCUGAUGAUCAAGACCAUAACCCUGGUUCUGGCUGUAGCAUCUGGCCUUAGCCUGGGUAAAGAGGGUCCUCUGGUCCAUGUGGCCUGCUGCUGUGGGAACAUCUUCUCCUACCUCUUCCCCAAAUACAGCAAGAACGAGGCAAAGAAACGAGAGGUCCUCUCUGCUGCAUCAGCUGCUGGUGUGUCUGUUGCUUUUGGAGCACCAAUUGGAGGUGUUCUCUUUAGUUUGGAGGAGGUGAGUUACUACUUUCCACUCAAAACUCUGUGGCGCUCCUUCUUUGCUGCCCUAGUGGCGGCCUUCGUCCUGCGCUCCAUUAACCCGUUCGGAAACAGCCGCCUGGUGCUGUUCUAUGUGGAGUACCACACACCAUGGUACCUGUUUGAGCUCAUUCCCUUCAUUCUCCUGGGAGUUUUUGGGGGGCUCUGGGGAGCCUUUUUCAUCCGAGCCAACAUCGCCUGGUGCCGGCGGCGCAAGUCCACGCGCUUCGGGAAGUACCCAGUAUUGGAGGUGAUCCUGGUGGCGGCCAUUACAGCAAUAGUGGCUUUUCCGAACCCUUACACCCGUCAGAACACCAGUGAGCUGAUCAAGGAGUUGUUCACCGAUUGCGGCCCUCUGGAAACUUCUCAGCUCUGCAAGUACCGCAGCCAGAUGAACGGCAGCAAAGCUUUCACCGACGAUCCAAAUCAGCCGGCGGAGCCCGGGGUCUACUCCGCCAUGUGGCAGCUCUGCCUGGCACUCAUUUUUAAAAUCAUUAUGACCAUCUUCACAUUUGGGCUAAAGGUACCAUCAGGUUUGUUCAUCCCCAGCAUGGCCAUCGGCGCCAUCGCAGGCCGAAUUGUUGGCAUUGCCGUGGAGCAGCUGGCUUAUUACCACCACGACUGGUUUCUGUUCAAAGAAUGGUGUGAGGUGGGGGCGGACUGCAUCACUCCAGGGCUUUACGCCAUGGUGGGAGCCGCGGCCUGUUUGGGUGGUGUGACACGUAUGACCGUCUCUCUGGUUGUUAUUGUGUUCGAGCUGACGGGUGGGUUGGAGUACAUCGUCCCCCUCAUGGCAGCCGUCAUGACCAGCAAAUGGGUGGGCGACGCGUUUGGCCGAGAAGGGAUCUACGAGGCUCACAUUCGCCUGAACGGAUACCCGUUCCUGGAUGCCAAAGAGGAGUUUACACACACCACGCUAGCCAGAGAGGUGAUGAGACCGCGGCGCAACGACCCGCCUUUGGCAGUCCUGACUCAGGAUGACCUGACGGUGGAAGAGCUGCAGAGUGUCAUCAAUGAAACCAGUUACAAUGGUUUCCCAGUCAUAGUGUCCAAGGAGUCGCAGAGGUUGGUGGGCUUUGCUCUGCGCAGGGACAUCACCAUUGCUAUAGAAAACGCUCGUCGGAAACAGGAAGGCAUUUUACUUAACUCCAGGGUGUACUUUACCCAGCAUGCGCCUUCACUGCCUGCUGACAGCCCUCGGCCCCUCAAACUGCGCUCCAUACUGGACAUGAGCCCCUUCACGGUCACUGACCACACCCCCAUGGAGAUUGUGGUAGACAUCUUCAGAAAGCUGGGGCUGCGCCAGUGCCUAGUCACACACAACGGGAUUGUGUUGGGCAUCAUCACAAAGAAGAAUAUAUUAGAGCAUCUGGAGGAGCUCAAGCAGCACACGGAGCCCCUGGCGACUUCUUGGUAUUAUCACAAAAAAAGACAUCCUCCGUCACAUGGCGCAAAUGGCAAACCAAGAUCCAGAGUCCAUCAUGUUCAACUGAUCCGUUCUUUCCAAGAUGGCUGGGGGGGAGGGGGCACAGGGAGCGAAGAGGAGGAAGAGGAGGAGGAGGAGGUGGUGUGCCUCCUUAAUGGCUCCAGCCUCUGACACAUGGACCCCUCUGUUUCAUGUAGCGUUAAACCUCACUGAUUGUCUGACUGAGGCCCUCAGAGACUUCAACAGAGGGUGAAGUGACAACCAUCAUCCAGCUGCUGAGAGAAAUGCACCUUUUUUGGCCACUAAUGCCCCCCUUCUCCACCUGCACAUGCAUGCUGUGUCCACAGCACACAUACAUGACCCCCCCCCCUGAGCUGUAAAGUGACACCCACUGACACUCAUAAUGUGCCUCCCCUUCUUUCCUGUCUUUACUGAGGUGGGAGUCACCUGGCUGGGGUCAAAGGUCAGAAUGAACCACAAACGGGGAUGCCACAAAGGACCUCAAAGCUCCAGGCUGCCCCCCCUCCCCUCACCACCACCAUCAACACGCUCGAUCAGCCCUCCAAAAAGACAAAACGUUCUGUUUACUUGUAGUGUGUGAGGAUGUGUCUGUGUGUUGCACCUCCACAUUCCUGCCAGGUUGCCACGGUAACUAGGAAGACAUGCACCAUGCUUCAGGACAACCUGAUUCGCUGCGAUGGCUUAAAUGUGAACAGGUACAGAGGAGAUCCGUGCAGCAUUUCAAGAACAAAAAAAAGAUGUCUAACAGAAGCGAAAAAAGUCCAAAUGUUUGUGUUCAUUUGUUAGACGAGCGAAUGCACAUAUGGAUGUGUGCGUUUGUUUUUUCUGUCCGUGUGGACUGAGGAAAGAAGUUCCCGGCUUCUAUUGCACUGUUGGUAGAAAAAAUAAGUCUUUCGUUUUUGUUCUUCCACCUGAUUUGUGCUCCUCAUAUAUGCUUGAAAAAACAAAACUAAAUUUGUUUCACAAGAUGUGGAGAUGAAGAUAGUCUUUUAUUUUAUUUUCCUUUUCAUCCCCUUUCAAAAAAAUUUGGUUGCAAAUAUGUUUUCUUUCAUUUCCAAAACAAUAGCAGUUGAUGGGAUGUUUUGCCUCUAACACACACUGAGCACGUUAGUUUUUUAAAUUUAAUCUAAAUUCAUAACCAGAUUAAAGAUGGUAAAUAAGAUAUUUAAUAACCUUUCUUGAAAACACUAAAAGGCCUGAAGGUUUGUCCUUCAGUGAAGCAGUCCAGUGUUGACAAAACAACAAACCUCUUGUUUGCUUGCAGUGUAAACCUGUCAGUGAUAUGAAGGAGAAUAUUUUUUCUUUUCUUUAAUCCAGCAGUUUAAUCUGUUUCAGCUGUCAUAGUUGAAGAGACGCCAUGUUUCCCCACUUCAUCAUAUCACCCAUCAUGUGGACCUGAGAAGAAAUGGGGGGGCUGACCUAGCCUGGCCGAGUGAAUGUGUAUGAUUGCGGGGCUCUUUUUUUUCUGUUUUCCUGUGAAGGUCUUUGUGUUGCAGUGACUGUCGUUCCUGCGGUGACUGUGCGACAGCGCCAAGCAUCACCUCCGUCAGCCUGUGGUGUUACCUAACAUUUCAUAUUGAUCUCAAUGUUUUCUCCUUUUUUAAUUUAUGGGUAGUGUUAAUAGAGUUGUGCAUUAUUAGUAUUAUAAAGAAUUUUAUGUAUGAUUGCUUUGAUUGUUUGACUGUACAUUUGAAAAAAAGAAUAUGUAAAAAAAAAAAAAAAAAAAGGACAUUUUGUUUAAAUUAAAAGAAGAGAAGAUUC